UCGUAACCUACGCACGCGUCCCCCAGUGCUCACCCGUCAGUGGGGUCCAACGGAAAUGUUCGUGCGGCGAUGAAAUAAGCUUGCACCAAGUAUUGAGCCGUUAACGGUCGUCGAGGAGCGUCCGACGACUGCUUCUUUUCCGUCCCUUCCGAAUCGAAUCGGCCGUCGCCUUCUUCUUCUCCCUCGCAAAGUCACCGCCAACGCCUCUAUAUGUACCACCCCCGACUUCCACCAUUUCCCAUUUCCCAUUCUAUUGUUCUAUUUGCUUUACUCCCCAGAUUCCUUUCCCCAUCGGAGUACGAGCUCCCAAGACAAACAGGGAAGAAGAGAGCUUCGAGGUCGCCAUUGGAGGAUCAGAGCCUCCGUAUCCAUGGCAGCAGCCAGAAACCAGCCGGAUAAGCGGGCGAGGAAGGAGCCCAAGAUCCUCCUCGGACGCUUCGAGGUGGGGAAGCUCCUCGGCGCCGGGACCUUCGCCAAGGUCUACGUCGCUCGCAACGUCCGCACCGACGAGCUCGUGGCGAUCAAGGCUCUUGACAAGGAGAAGAUCGUCAGGUGGGGGCUCGUCGCGCACAUCAAGCGGGAGAUCGCCAUCCUCCGCCGCGUUCGCCACCCUUACAUCGUGGAGCUCUUCGAGGUCAUGGCCACCAAGACCAAGAUCUACUUCGUCAUGGAGUACGUCCGCGGCGGCGAGCUCUUCUCCCGCGUCGCCAAGGGCCGGCUCCGGGAAGACACCGCCCGCCGCUACUUCCAGCAGCUCAUCUCCGCCGUGGCCUUCUGCCACGCCCGCGGCGUCUUCCACCGCGACCUCAAGCCCGAGAACCUGCUGGUCGACGAGAACGGCGACCUCAAGGUCUCCGACUUCGGGCUGUCGGCCGUCGCCGAGCAGAGCCGAGGCGGCGACGGCCUGCUACAUACCUUCUGCGGGACACCAGCGUAUGUCGCGCCGGAAGUGCUGUCGAGGAGGGGCUACGACGGCUCCAAGGUCGACAUCUGGUCAUGCGGCGUUAUCCUCUUCGUGUUGAUGGCCGGAUACCUCCCGUUCCACGACCGCAAUAUCGUGGCGAUGUACAGAAAGAUCUACAAAGGCGAUUUCAGGUGCCCGCGGUGGUUCUCGCAGGACCUCGUCCGGCUUCUACGCCGCCUGCUCGACACCAACUCCCGGACCCGGAUCACGAUCCCGGAGAUCAUGGAGGAUAAGUGGUUCAAGAAAGGCUUCCGCCAUGUCCAAUUCUACAUGGACGACGACCAGCUACACACCCUGGACGAUCCCCUGCUGCAGAUCGAUGAACAGAGCGAAGCCACAACCGCGUGGGAAACCGAAUCCGACUGCUCGGUUGUCUCCUGCCCCUCGGCAUUGUCCGAUGACAGGCGGGCGGCGCGGCAGGGGAUGCCGAGGCCGCCAAGUCUCAAUGCAUUCGACAUAAUAUCCUUCUCCAGGGGAUUCGACCUCUCAGGGUUGUUCGAAGAGACCGGGGAGGAGACCAGGUUCCUGUCCAAGGAGCCCGUACCCAUCAUUAUAUCGAAGUUGGAGGAGAUCGCCAAGGUGGUGAGUUUCACAGUGAGGAGGAAGGAUUGUCGAGUGAGCUUGGAAGGCACGAGAGAAGGGGAGAGGGGGCCAUUGACAAUUGCAGCCGAGAUAUUCGAGCUCACACCAUCAAUUGUAGUGGUCGAGGUGAAGAAGAAAGCAGGAGAAAGGGAGGCAUACGAGGAGUUCUGCAACAAGGAGCUGAAACCUGGGUUGCGGCACCUCGUCUACGAGUCGAUCCACGCAACCAAAGCUGCUUCUCAACAGUGCCCUAAUUAAAAAGGAAAUGUUUAUUGAAGGCCUUUCAAUCUCAGAGCUUGGGUUGCGUGUAGCUGGUGAGGUUUUAUGAGUUACCCAUUCAUUCGAACUCGAGCACAGGCCGUUCAGGUGACCCAUUUUGAGUUACCCCGUCGGAACGAGCUCUCCAUAUCAAAGAACUACCAAGCUUUGGGAAUACUACUCGUAUGAUGUUAUAAUGUGGUAUAAUCAAUCCUUGUGAUGCUAAUUCUAAUUCAUUCAUAUGCGGAGAAUGCCUUGAUAAUUCUUUUUUUAAUGAGUGUUUCUUUUGCUAUUAAUGCUGAUUGCAUCAAUCUAUGUAAAUCCGAAGUAUUCUUAGUGUAAGGAUUUUAUAUCUG